AGCUUGCUUACGCGCCUCAAAUUCGUGACACGAGCGUGACGAACGCGGAGAGAGUGCGUACUGAAAAUAAACAGAGAGUAGUGGUGUGGUGACAAGAGCGCGGGUCGAACGAUGGCUUCGCCGAACAAGAAAGCCAAGGAAUUAGAGGAUCCAGGUUCGGGGGAGGGUGUUGAAUCACGCGAUUAUGAUAUUGAAAUACAAAAGACACUCGAAGAGAUUGAUGGGUGUCAGAAUCAAAUCGAUGGCCUCAAUGAGAAAGCCAGCGAUGAAAUCCUCGAAGUCGAGAAGAAGUAUAAUAAGUUGCGUAAGCCCUAUUUCCAAAAACGGAAUGACAUUAUUAAGAGGAUACCCAAUUUUUGGGUUACAGCUUUUGUAAACAAUAAAGAAAUAGCAGAAAUAUUGGAAGAAGAUGAAGAAGAUGCCCUUCGAUUCUUAAAUAAAUUAGAAGUUGAAGAAUUUGAAGAUAUUAAAUCUGGCUAUAGAAUUAAUUUCCAUUUUGAUGAAAAUCCAUAUUUUGAAAAUGAUGUCCUUACAAAAGAAUUUCAUUUAGGUUCUUCUGGAGAUCCAGCAUCUCAAAGUACACCUAUACGUUGGAAAGAGGGUGCAGAUUUAACAAAAAGAGCUAAAACCAAAGCCCCAUUAAAAGGUCGUAAAAGGCCAUUAAAGCACAGGUCAUUUUUUGACUGGUUUACGGAUCAUGGAGAUCCAAGUUCAGAUGAAAUAGCAGAGUUGAUUAAAGAUGAUAUGUGGCCUAAUCCAUUACAGUAUUAUUUAGCACCAGAUAUGGAUGUUGAAAAUGGUAUUGAAGGAGAUGGCGAAGAAUGCGAUACAGAAGAGGAAGAGGAAGAAGAAGAUGGUGGAGCAGAUGAUGGUGAUGAAGCAGGUGAAGCUGAGGAAGGAGAUGAUAGUAUAGUUGUUGUCGAAGAUGAUGUAGAUGAAGACGAUGAGGAAGAAGAGGCUGUGAAUGAUGAAGAAGAUGGGGUAAAUGAAGAGGAUGAUUUAUUGGUAGAUGAUGAAGUAGAUCGUGAAGAUGGUGAAGGAGAAGAACCAGAAUAGAAUUUAAAGUUAGUUUUUCACAACAUUGGUUACAGUCACAGACACUAAAAAAGAAUCGCUGAAAAUACACAUCAGAUUGAUUGAAAAUAAAUAAAGUUUGCAGGACUGAAAAUAUUGAGCCAUAUGAAUAAACCUCAGGACAAUUUUGAGAAAUUAAAGUAGCAACCAAAAUUUAGCAGACCUAAUCUUUUUUGGCACGAAAGAAAAUUGUGUGUAUAAAAGUACAAUAUUUGUUUGAUUGUGCCGAAAUAAAUAAAAGAGAAGAUGGUCUGAGAUAAAUUAGGUAGAUUUCACACUGUACUUUGUUGUAAAAUUGUGCCGAAAUAUAAUACGAAUUCCUUAGUUAUAUUCAUAUGGCCUAGUCAUCUUCUAUAUAGUAGAUAUACAAUGAAGAACACCUGCUCAAUUUCAUCGUGAUAAGAUUACAUUAAGAAAAAAAUAAAUUAUAAGAUAUAACGAGAUAAUGGACAGGUGUUCUUUUCAUUUUGUUUUGUCACGAAAAUUUAUUCCGCAUUAUUUCCGGAACGAGGUAUUUCAAGUUUCUUGAGAGUGACAGUACAUUUCAUAUAGUUACAUGUUCAAAUACAUAGUAUUUGUCGUAAAGAAAUAUAAUUUUGUCAAAUAAUUAAAUCAUAUAUCUAUAAAAAUUUGUAUAGUUUAUUAUACUAUAUAUUUAUAAAUUAUUCAUUUGCACUUAUAAUUUCAAUAUUUUAAAAACAUGAUCAUAAAACAACAUACAAAAUGUAUGAAAAUAAUUUUACAUAUUUUCAAUAAUUUAUUUUAAAUAUCAAUUGGAAACAUAUCGCAAAACAUAAUAUGUAAAAAGAUGUAUAAAAAUAUAUACAUAAUUCAUGUCUUUUAUAAUUUAAUUAUAUUAUAUUAUGUACAUGAUGCAACAUCACAAAUUUGUACUUUUUGAAAAUAUAAAACAUUUUUGUAAGGUUA